GUCAUCCAGCAAAGAAUCGAUGGCUCGCUAAGCUUUAAUCAAACCUGGGCAACUUAUAAGACAGGCUUUGGGAGACCUGAUUCAAACUUCUGGCUGGGAUUAGAAAAAAUUUUCUCUUUAACAGGGUCGGGUGACUACAGGUUGAGAUUUGAAGUUCUCCUAAAUGGAAACUGGUUUUCAGAUGAGUAUAACCAUUUCAGGAUUGACGGUGAAGGCAAUUUUUACACAAUAAACGUGGUUGGAUACACCGGUGACAACUGCGAUAUCAUGAACCAGCCAGGAGAUGAUACAGUAAGCCUACAAAAUGGUGCGAAAUUUUCAACUUUUGAUCGCGGGGACACAUAUGGGUGCGCCAGUUCGAGUUCUUCUGGAAAUUGGUUCGGUAACUGUUUCGCUCAAAACGUCAAUGGUGUUUAC